AAUAGUAGGUGUGGUUUCUACACAUGUUUUAAAAGGACAAGGUAUGGAGCGGCCUCAAGUGGAGACUGUCCUCCAAACACUCUACACUCUGUACAAGGCCAGCCCUAACGACCUCUCCAGACAAGCAGCUGCUAAUGAAUGGCUCACUCAACUACAGAAAUCAGUCUAUGCUUGGGAUAUCUCCAACCAGCUCCUCUCACUGGACACUGACGUAGACUAUGGGUACUUUGCCGCUCAGACCAUGCAAACAAAAAUUAGACAUUCUUUUAAUGAACUGUCUGUGGAUAUGCACAUUCCAUUACGUGAUUCAUUGAUGAAUCAUUUAACCAAUCAUUCAAAGACCUCCUCCCCCAUUAUUAAACAGCUAGUACUUGCCCUUGCUGAUUUAGCUCUACAGAUGAACGGAUGGGGUUCUGUAGUACAGGAUUGUAUUAACAGGUUCGGAGGUGAUUUCAUUACAGUUCCUGUUCUCUUGGAGAUACUCCUGGUCCUUCCUGAGGAAGUUGGUAACAGGAAGUUACGACUGGGGGAGAAUACCAGAUUGAAGUGGAAGGAGGUCUUGGGCUCCGAGUGUCCAGUAGUGUUCCAACUCUUAGAGUCUUGCAUUGGGUGUUGGCCCAAUGAGGAAACCAUUUUAAUUAAAGUCUACAGCUGCCUAAGCUCCUGGAUUGUUUUAAAGUCUUUUCCAGUUGACAACCUAACCAACUCCUCUCUCAUAGUAUCACUUUUCCAUACUUUGCACCUCACCAAAGUAACACUAAAACUCUAUGAAUCAGCAACCGAUUGCAUCUGCUCUGCUCUCUAUGUCUGUGAUGAUGCUGCUAUGAGUGGCUAUGCUCCUCUUGCUCUAGUUCUCAAGAAUCAUGUCCACCAGCUCCUCCCAGUCUUCACUGCAGCCAUUGAAACUGAGGACUCUAACAGAGCUAAUUGCUUGGCUAGAAUAUUUACAGAAAUGGCUGAGAGUUUACUCUUCAGUAUAGUGCAUUAUCCUGACACGCCCCUCGGAGACAUAAAGACAUUUGAACUGUUACUACAUUGUGCUGAACACUACGAGUUUGAGGUCGUUGAAAUGACGUUCAGUGUUUGGUACAGACUCUCAGAGCUGCUGGGUAGAUCUAGAGAAACUGAAUUUGAUGAAAGAUUCAAACCUUACGUACUCAAGUUUAUAACUUACCUCGUGAAGCACUGUCAACUUAAUGAUGAUCUAGGACCUACUGAGUUACCAGAUGAUAAAGAUGAUUUCAUGGACUUCAGACUAACUGUUGCUGAAGUACUGAGGGACUCUGUCUUCAUAAUAGGAUCAGUGAACUGCUUUGAAAGGUUAUACAGUGUAUUUCGUACUCCUGGUCAGUCCUGGAUUGUGUUGGAAUCAUGUUUAUACUUAAUGCACUCUGUAGCUUCAUCUAUACCAAAAGAUGAGUCUAAUGUCCUACCAAUAGCAGUCCCAGUGUUGGUCUCCAUUCCUCCUGACACUCACUAUGCCAUUAGGUGUACCACCCUCAAACUCAUAGGAGAGCUCUCUCACUGGAUUGGAGCCCAUCCUCACACUAUGAAUGAAAUAUUGAGAUUCAUACAAGAUGGUUUCAGUAUUCCGGUAUUGUCCAGUUAUUCAGCAGCUGCAGUUCAGAGUAUUUGUCACAAGUGUAGAGGACAGUUAGCUCAUUUAUUUGAGAGUUUAGUGGUCAUCAUACAGACUGCUGACAACAUUGGAAUGAGUAACACUGCUGUGGUUGGACUCAUUACAGCGUCAGUUGAAGUCUUGACUGGAGUCUCGUCUGAUAAAAUGUCAUCAUGCCUACACGCACUGUGCCUGGGGAGUGCUCAACGGCUAACUCAAAUAAUGCAGGGUAAUAUACCAGUCCAGGCCCACAGUGUGUCUGAUCCUGCCCUGUGGAUGGACAGGAUAGCUGCUGUCUUUAGAACCUGUGAAUAUGAACCAAAGAUCAAUGAAACCCACCCUGGACUCUACCCAGCAAAUGAAGUGUGUCCAUUAAUCUACAGCACGAUAGAGUACUACAAGAGAGACAGUCGGAUUGUGGAGAGAGCCUGUCGCUGCAUUAGGUUCAUCCUUCGCUGUCUCAAGGCUCAAGCAGGACCUCUUUUAACACCUCUUGUUACCAUGUCUAUAUCAGUGUAUCAAGAGUGUAACCACAGUUGUUUCCUUUAUCUUGGCUCCAUUAUUGCUGAUGAGUUUGGUUCAGACCCCUCCUCCCAACCGGGUCUGAUGACUAUGGUCGAGUCAUUCCUCAGUGUAUCGUUAAUAUUAUUGAGUGGCCCCGGGGGGCUAGUCAAUCAUCCUGAUACUGUCGACGACAUGUUUAGACUCUGUGCAAGGAUGGUCCAAAGGUGUCCAGUAGUGUUCCUAACUAGCCCAGUCUCAGGGACUGCCCUUGAGUGUGCCAAAGCUGCCUCUCUCCACAUACACAGGGAAGCUUUCAGCUCAGUCAUGAAGUUCUUUAAGGAUCUCAUCCACGCACCAUUUGACAUUAACCUGACCGAAGAGGAACAGGUUACCGUGACAACAGUCGUCAAUCACAUUCUAACAGAGAAUGGGCAGACACUAACCAACAGUCUGGUCGAAGGAUUCGUUACUUUACAGACCUACAUGCUAGCUGAGUCAACUCCUGUCCUCUAUGAACUACUCACUAACUAUAAAGAUGUGACAAUGAAUUGGCUUUCCAAUGCCAUUAAUCAUGUUCAGUUCAAUAGAAAAGAUAAAAUGACAGACUCUCAAAAAAUGACAUUUUUACAGUCAGUACAACAAGCUGAUUCUCAAGAUACUUUAGAAGACGUCGCGAGAGAAUUUGUUCGACUUUUUAGAUAAAACAAUUUUAUGUAUUUAUGAAAUGCACACACACACACACACACCUUUCUCAUUAUUAAUUUUUACAUAUUAAUGAAUUAACUAGUUUU